AUGGUCGCCAAGAUUAUCAACCUGGCCAUGCGUGCCAUGCAGUUCAUUUGGGCUCUCCUCAUCAUGUCGCUCGUCGGUAACAUGAUCGCCACAGCGUACUCUGGCAACCCCGCAAUUGUCAACUACGACAUGUUUGUCGCCGUCUUCAGUAUGCUGUCGCUAUUCUACCUCAUUCCUGCAAGCAUCAAGGAGUCGUUCAUGAUCCACCCUCUCAUUGUUGUUGGUCUUGACACCUUGAACGCUAUCUUCUACUUCUGUGGUGCUGUCGCCAUGUCGGCCUACCUUCACGUCCACAGCUGUGGCAACUCUGUAAGUUUUACUAGCUUUGUAUGUCAUGAGAACGCGACUAACAGGGUAAUAGNNUCCUACACUCACAGCAACUUCAUCACCAACGGCUCUCCUAACACCUCCAAGCGCUGCCACGAGGCUCAGGCCACUACUGCCUUCCUCUGGUUCGGCUUCGCUGCCUUCAUUGUCUCCGCUGUCCUUUCUGGUCUCCAGGGUCGCAACUCUGGCGUCAACAUGCGCGGUGGUGCCGGUGGCAUCAGAAAGGGACCUGCCAUGAGCCAGGUCUAA